AUGACCAAUUUGAACGGUGCUGGUUCUGUAGAUGCGCCUCACGCCGAACAAGAUGCUCCCCAGCCCAUUGCCAUUAUUGGAUAUGCCUGUCGGCUGCCUGGACAAGUUACAUCGCCCAACGAUCUAUGGGAGUUAUGUACUCGAGCCCGAAGUGGCUGGUCACUUAUCCCCAAGGACCGAUUCUCAGUCGACGCGUUCCAUCACCCCAAUCCAUCCAAGGUUGGCUCGUUCAACCCCAAGGGAGGCUACUUCCUAGAUGAGGAUAUCGCCCUCUUUGAUGCGCCCUUUUUCAAUGUUUCUGACCAGGAAGCUACUUCCAUGGAUCCCCAACAGCGCUUGCUGUUGGAGUGCUCGUAUGAAGCUUUGGAGAGUGCUGGCAUUCCCAAAGAGAACAUUGCGCGCCGGAAGGUAGGUGUAUUUGCUGGUGGAAAUUUCUCUGAUUACGAACUAAGAAAUGUUCGCGAUAUUGAGACUAUUCCCAUGUACCAAGCUACCGGCUGUGCGGCCUCUCUCCAAUCCAACCGGAUCUCGUACUUCUUCGAUUUACAGGGGCCUAGUAUCACCGUGGAUACAGCGUGCUCUUCUUCCCUUGUUGCUCUCCAUUAUGCAGUACAGAGCUUGCGAAGUGGAGAAUCCGAGGAAGCCCUCGUCGCUGGCUGCCGCCUCAAUAUUAUACCAGACCUUUUUAUCUCUAUGUCCAUGUCUCAGUUGUUACAUGACGAGGGUAAAACCUUUUCUUUUGAAGAAAGAGGCACAUCUGGGUUUGCACGAGGCGAAGGCGCCGGCGUUGUGAUCCUUAAGCCUCUCGAUUCUGCUAUGCGUGACCGAGACCCAAUCCGAGCCGUCAUUGCCCAUUCAGGAGUCAACCAAGAUGGUCGAACAAAGGGUAUCACUUUGCCAAAUGGGCAGGCUCAGGAGGAGCUUAUCCGUCGUGUCUAUAAAGAGGCCAACCUCAACCCAGAAGAAUGCGGUUUUGCUGAAAUGCACGGCACUGGAACCAAAGCCGGUGACCCAAUCGAAGCCGCUGCAGUCCAUGCGGCUCUUGGAAAAGGCCGGACCCCGAAAAACCCACUUUAUAUUGGAUCGGUCAAAUCCAAUAUUGGGCAUCUGGAAGGCACUAGUGGUAUUAUUUCUAUUAUUAAAGCAGCCAUGAUGCUUGAUAGAGAAUUCAUGCUUCCAAAUGCUGAAUUCAAGAAGCCAAAUCCUGAUAUUCCAAUGAGCGAGUGGAAUAUGAAAAUUUUGACAACAACACGACCCUGGCCUCCUCGCAAGAAGUACCUGAGCGUUUCCAACUACGGGUUUGGAGGAACUAAUGCACAUGUCAUCCUUGAAAAGGCGCCCCUCGCCUCCAAAGCACCCGAUAACGCCGUGGAGGAUGUUGGGGUUGAUCCAAAGACAAAGUUAUUCCUGAUCUCCGCCAACGACAAGGAGUCACUCCGUACGAGGAUCAAAGACUUUGGCAUUUACUUUGAGCAACACCCAGAGGUCUUUGAAAAGUCGCUCUUCGCAAAUUUUGCCUACACUCUUGGAAACAAGAUGUCUCAACUGUCUUACCGUGUCGGGGUCCCUGCCACUUCCCUUGACGAGCUCGGAAUCCGUCUUGCGCAGCUCAAGAUAAACCCCUCACGUGUACUCGGUGCUCCCAUCUGCUCGUUUGUCUUCACUGGACAAGGAGCUCAGUGGGCACAGAUGGGCAUCCCCCUUAUGCACGACUAUCCUGUUUUCAAGUCCGCAAUCACACGAGCCGAUGAGUGCCUACGAGACCUCGGCGCUGAAUUCUCCCUUAUCAAAGAGCUAGAGAAGGACGCCUCCAUCUCUGACAUCAAUUCACCUCAUCUGAGUCAGCCUGCCUGCACAGCACUUCAAAUCGCAUUGGUGGACCUUUUGAAGUCAUGGGGACUCCGUCCGGCUUCGGUGGUGGGUCACAGCUCUGGAGAAAUCAGCGCAGCCUAUGCUGCAGGCGUUUAUGAUUUAGAAGGAGCCAUGGCUCUGGCAUACCGCCGUGGGCAGAUGACUUCUUUGCUCAAGGACACAUUCCCAACCUUGAAAGGCACUAUGAUUGCUGUCGGCGCUAGUCGCGAGAGUGUCCAACCGAUGCUCAAUACUCUGUCUGCAUAUGCCAUCGUCGCUUGUGUAAACAGUCCUUCUAGUGUGACCGUCUCAGGAGAAGUAGCAGCCAUUGACGAACUUGAAAAGAUUCUUCAAGACAAACAUCUCUUCAACCUUCGGUUGAAGAUUGAUGUUGCUUACCAUUCCGACCACAUGAAGAACGUUGCCGGUGCGUAUCUUGUGGCGAUUCAGUCUAUUCAGCCCUCUUCAUCAGGAACAGCUGCCUUUUAUUCCUCUGUGUAUGGCCAACUGGCAGAGCCUUCUGAGCUUGGACCAGCAUAUUGGGUCGCAAACUUGACAUCCCCAGUUCUGUUCUCCGAUGCUUUCAGCAAGAUUGCGUCGGACGACGAAACAAGGCCCAACCUUCUUGUUGAGAUUGGUCCGCACUCUGCAAUGAAGGGCCCUAUCAUGGAUAUCCUCAAGAGCCUGGGCCCCACCGUCUCUAAGAUAGGAUAUACACCUACCAUUCUCCGAAAUGUGGACGUAGCUCAAUCGGUCUUGGAAACCGCCACCGCUGCUUAUGUGCGUGGUGCCACGCUUAACAUGACAGAAGUGAAUUUCCCUAAGACUGGUGCAUCAAACCGCUGGUUCUUGAGCAAUCUGCCUCGUUAUCCUUGGCAGCAUGGUACCCGAUAUUGGCAUGAUGCCCGAAUUGCGCAGAAGCAUAUGAUCAGAGAUCGUGCCAGGAACGAUAUUCUGGGAGUUCUUGCAAACUACUCAAAUGACCUUGAGCCAACAUGGCGCAACAUUGUCCGCUUAGAUGAGCUUCCAUAUCUCCGAGAUCAUAAAAUGCAGGGAGUGGAUGUUUAUCCACUGGCAGGCUACUUGGUCAUGGCCAUUGAAGCAGCUCGAAGACGCGCAGAACAACUUGAGAUCCAGAUCGCUCAAUUUGAGCUUCGGGAGGUCAUUGUUGGCGCGGCGCUUGUGCUCACUGAUGAUACUGAUUCGGAAACUACGAUCACGCUUCGUCCCUACGCUGAAGGCACCCGUGGAUCAUCUGAUGUUUGGGAUGAGUUCCGCGUUUGUUCCUGGACAACCAAGCGAGGAUGGACGGAGCACUGUACUGGUCAAGUGCGAGUUCAUUCCGGCUUCAAGCAGCAAGGGACUGCAAUUACACGUCCCUUCCAAACUCAAAUCAAUUACACAAAAGCUCAAAUUGCCAAAAUCGAAGCAGCUGCCACAAAUCACACUGAUCUGACCCAUAUGUAUCAAGUGCUCAGUGACCUAGGGGCCGGCUACGGUCCUAUUUUCCAAGGUCUUGAGAAUUGUUACGCCAGUCCUCAUCAUUCGCUCGCCGAUUUACAUGUCAGGGAUACAGCUAGCGUCAUGCCCAAGAAUUUCGAGCCUUCCUUGACCGUCCAUCCAUCAUUCCUCGAUGGACUACUCCAUCUCAGCUGGCCCAUCCUUGGCCAGGGUAUGGGUCGAAUGGAUCUGGACACGCUUUACCUGCCAACUAUGAUCAAGCGUGUAACACUUGAUCUCAAUGUCCCGACUAAGGUUGGUGAAUAUGUCAAGACUUACUGCAAUGGCAGCCCCAGCUUACCUUCUCCUGAACCAACCAAAUUCGAUCUCUUCGCUACCCGGGAGGGAUCUGCAGAACCUUUGAUCACUAUGGAGGGUUUGAUAAUGACGCCCCUUCGGAAAGCCGAUCCUCACCACGAGGAUGUCCGAAGGGUGUGCUACAAAUUUGAGUGGCAUUCCUUGGCCGAGGUAAGCUCUAGUGGAGCAGAUAAUCAAGACUCUAACGACCAAGCGCAAACCAAUGGUAAUGGAGAGACACAUGAAAAUGCGCAUGCAGAUAAGGAUGGCACCAAACCCAAGCGUAAUAUAUUCCUGUCGAGCUUCGGAACAUCCGAGGGCAUUGCCGAGAAACUGAGCAAUAUGCUAUCCGGAACAGCAGACUGGGAGCCUUCUGUUGAUACCUUUGGCAAAGCGGAUUACUCCCGUAAGCAUAUUGUUUUGCUCCAGACCGGUGCUCAAUCUCUUCGAGAUCUCACCGAGGAAGAUUUUGAGUGUCUCAAGAAAGCCCUGCUCAGCGCACAAACCGUACUGUGGGUUUAUCGGACCGAUUUACCUGAUGCUCAAAUGACAGUCGGUCUGACCCGUACUUUGCGCUCGGAAACAUUGGCCAAGAUUGCUACGCUUGGAUUGGCCCCUGAAGACAUCGAAUCCCCGGAGAAGCCAAUUCAGGCAGCGAUCAACGCUCUAUGGCCUACAGAUGGAACUGAGCCUUCCAAGGACUUUGAAUUCACCGCCAAGGACUCGGAACUCUUUGUCCAGCGCAUCGUGGAAGAUGAUGCAGCUAAUAGUUUUGUUCACAAUGAGACACACGACAUGGCAAUCUCAAGUCAGCCUUUCAAUCAACCUGGGCGACGUUUCAAGGUUCAAAUCGGUAACCCUGGUGCUCUGGAUUCCGUUUACUUUGUUGAUGACAGUCCACCACCCCUGGGCGAGAACCAGAUCGAGCUAGUGGUGAAGGCAACCGGUCUUAAUUUCAAAGACAUUGUGGUUGCUAUGGGCCAGCUUGCUCAGCCUUAUAUUGGGAUUGAAUGUAGUGGCAUUGUUUCCAGUGUAGGCUCAAAUGUGAAUGAUAUCAAGGUUGGACAGAAAGUCAUGGCCUUACCAGAAGGCAGCUUCUCAACAUACGCGCGCUGCCUUGCCACCAGUGCUGCGAAAAUUCCAGCCGAAAUGUCGUUUGAGGUCGCAGCCACUAUCCCUGUCGUGUUCUGCACUGCAUACUACGCACUAUUUGACCAGGGCCGGCUGCAACCCGGUGAGCGCGUGCUGAUUCACGCCGGUGCCGGUGGUGUCGGCCAAGCUGCCAUUAUGAUAGCGCAGAUGGUCGGGGCGGAUAUUUUCGUCACGGUCGGAAGCCUUGAUAAAAAGCGACUCUUGAUGACUCAAUACGGAAUUUCCGAAGAUCGCAUCUUCUACAGCCGUGACUCUUCCUUUGCCCGUGGUAUCCGCAGGGCUACUGGCGAGGCUGGUGUGGAUGUUAUAGUCAAUUCCCUGGCAGGGGAUCUUCUGUGUGAGACCUGGGAGUGUUUGGCGCCAUUUGGUCGUUUCGUCGAGAUUGGCAAGGCUGAUAUCACUAAGAAUACUCGCCUUGACAUGCAACCGUUCGAGUAUAACACCACUUUCUCGUCGGUCGAUUUGACCAAGAUUGCCAAGUUCAGACCGCAGCUCAUGAAGCGUCUGAUGGGAGAGGUUUCUCAGUUGAUUGCCAAGGGAUCUGUACAUCCCAUAGUGCCAAUUACGACUUAUGGUAUCUCCGAUAUUGAGAAAGCGUUCCGUACUCUGCAAAUGGGUAAGGGUAUGGGUAAGAUUGUCGUUGUCCCUCGCGAUGGUGAUCUAGUCAAGGCCGUGGCGCCCAAGACCAGCUCGACUUUGCUUCGCGCAGAUGCAUCAUACAUCUUGAUUGGGGGUACGGGUGGUCUGGGUCGAAGCAUGGCCAAGUGGAUGUCCUCUAAGGGGGCUAAGAAUAUCGUUCUUGUGUCGCGCCGGGCAGCGAUAGACCACAAGGUGCAAGCAUUGAUUGAUAACUUGGCUCCCUUGGGAGUACGAAUCGUCGUCAAGGCUUGUGAUGUCAGUAGUCUGCAGUCUGUCGAGGCCCUGGUCAAUGAAGAGAUGAAAGACCUUCCCGCUGUGAGAGGUGUCAUCCAUGGUGCAAUGGUGCUUCGAGACAUGCUGUUUGAAAAUAUGUCUCUUGACGACUUCAACGCCGUGGCAUUCAGCAAGGUUGAAGGAGCCUGGAAUCUGCACAACACGUUGAUCGAUUCACCGCUAGACUUCUUUAUUGCGCUUUCAUCUGUUGCCGGUAUAGUCGGCAAUCGCGGGCAGGCGGCAUACUCCGCCGCGAAUGUAUUUCUAGAUGGAUUCAUGGAAUACCGCCGGUCCCUAGGUCUCCCAGGAACAUCUAUUGAUCUUGCUGCGGUCAGCGACGUCGGUUAUUUGGCCGACAGCGAUGCCCAGCGACGUCAAGAAAUAUUGAAGAACAUUGGCGGUCAAACUAUCGACGAAUCAGAAGUUUUAGCUCUUGUGGCAGCCGCACUGACCGGUGCUCUUGAUCAAUCCUGCUCUGGUCAGUGCAUCACAGGAUUGGUACUGGACUCCCUGGAAAACAAUUUCUGGGUUCAAGAUCCCAAAUUCAUUGUUCUGUACGAGGCAGCCAAGGAGACGCUAGGAAACAACUCUCAGCGCAAUGGCCCCUCUGUUUCAUUGCAGGUGACAUUGCAGGGUGCUUCUUCCAAGCAGGAGGCAUUGCAAGUGUGCUACGAGGCGCUGGCCGCCAAGUUGGCACAAGUACUUGUUCUUUCUUUGGAGGAUAUGGACCCCUCGAUUACGAUUUCUUCAUUGGGUCUUGACUCGCUGGUGGCUAUUGAGAUCCGAAACUGGAUUGCCCGUGAAGCCAAUGCCAAUGUGCAAGUUCUAGAGCUUUUGUCCAGUGGCAGUUUGAUGGCUUUGGCAGAGAUUAUCUUAAAUAAGUCUCAGGCGUAUACUCGUACCGAGUAG